AUUCGGCGACAACAAUUAAAAAAUGUCGGAAUCGUGUCAAGACGGUAAUUGUCAUGGAAAUAACGAAUAUGGCCCUGACGAAUCACCAACGAAGCUCAUCGUCAAUUACAUUCCUGAAGUUAUGACGCAGGAUAUGAUGUUCUCACUUUUUUCAACCAUGGGUAAAUUAGAAAGUUGUAAAUUGAUAGCGAACAGAGGGUACGGUUUCGUCGAGUAUACUUGUCCUGAAGAUGCAGUCAAAGCUCGAAAGGCUUUCAAUGGUCUGUUGAUGCAGAACAAGACUCUGAAGGUAUCACACGCGCUGCUCAAUCCAGAGUUAAAACCACCAUCGAAACCGGAAGCAGACUGGAACCUCUAUGUAUGUAAUUUACCUAAUGAACUGACCUUGCAGGAUUUACAUGGACUUUUCGCACAAUUUGGUAAAAUAGUCAAUUCUCGUAUUGCCGCCGGCAUAGCUUUUGUAUUGUAUGAACAUCAAUAUGAGGCUGAGAGAGCCAUCCAGAGUAUCCACGGCACUACGCCGCCUGGAUUUAUGCAUCCAUUAACUGUUAAGUAUGCUAAUAAGAGUAAUCCAAACAAACAUAAAAACAAUAAUAAUAAUUUUUCUAAAAACCCAUUGGUGAAGCCUUAUCAUUGGAUUAAUCACAUGAGCGCCUUAGGAGACCACAGCUCCCCGAAUACUUGGUCUAUUUAUAUUUAUAAUAUUGCUCCUGAAGUAGAAGAAUUGACUUUAUGGCAAUUAUUCGGUCCAUAUGGUGCUAUUGUAUCUGUUAAGAUAAUUAAGGAUCAUCAAACUAAUAAAAGCAAAGGCUUUGGCUUUGUAACUAUGAGAAAUUACGAUCAGGCGGCGAUGGCCAUACAGAGCCUGAACGGCUAUGUCCUCCAUGGCCAACCUCUUUCUAUUAGUUUCAAGACGCAAAAGAGAUAAUGUCGCAAUUUGGGGCCUUAUACAAUUUACAAUAUCAAUACAGUAAUAAAUAGACAAAAUGAUUGGAUUUCUUUACCAUUGAUUGGCAUCAUUUGAUACAAAAUGAAAUAGUUUGGAGCUUGUAAUGGGAGCCGGAGUGCACUUACUGUUUGUGAAGUCUGUUGACUCUUGUUAAAAAAUAUUAUAUUACUUUGAGCUAUCAACAUUGUUAAGUUUGUUUCUUAUUAUGAAUAAUAAUUUAUUCAGUUUGCUCGUUAAAUGUUUCAAGUUUACUAGGAUUUUAAGAUUUGUAAUGAUGUAUGUUAUUUGGACUUCAACAUCAGUUGUGAGCUAUGUGCUUUGAUUUUUUUUUUAUUAUUUAAGUAUAAUCAACCUUUCUAAAGAAUGUGCUUCUACAAGAUCUAAUUAAUUUAAGCCACAAUGAGAUGUUAAAUCAGCUAUUAGGUUUAGUGGUACACUUUUUAUAACAUGAUGUCUAUUUAGGUAGUGAAAACGAAAUCUAGAUUAUAUCAUAUUUAUACAUUUAGUAUAAAAUUUGCUGAAUUAAAGUUCAUUUUCACAAUUUUAAUGUGUCUUUGUAUUGUCUACAACUUUUAUGGGAUAUUUUCUACUUGGUGGUGAUAAGUGAGUUGCAGCUUGUUGUAUUCAACUGGCUCACAAUGUAUGUGUUGAUGAAAGUCUGACAUCAUACAUUAGUGCAUUAUUUGAAUGAGAGCACAUGUUUGUAUUAUUUCACACUGCCUUCAUUUAAUUAUAAAUAGCUUCUGUUUUAUUUUACAUUGACUUGCACCCUAGUAAAUUUUUAAUAGAAAAUUUUAUUAAUUGCAAUAUUAAUUCUACC